AAUUUAAAAUUAAUAAUACUUGCUAUUGUUUAAUAUGUCAGAAAUAUGGAACUAAUAUACUAAAGAUGAUUCAAAGCAAAACGCAAUUUGCAACAUUUGCGAAAACUCUUUCAAAUAUUCUGUUUCAGAAGAAUUUGACAAACGAUUUCAUAUAAAGAAUACCUUGACGAAUAAGUUUGAAAACAUUUCAACUGCGGACUUCAAAUGGGUUUUCGGUUGAAAGUCAAGUACGAGUUGGAAAAACAAAUUAGAACUAUGUCUGAGGAAAUGUAUGAGAUGACAACCAAUUCUGAAUCUGAAGCCAACAAGAAAUCGGAAAUAAACAUUUUAUUUCCAGAAGAUUCUGGACCUAAUAAUUAUCUUUCGACAGUGGAGGAAUACAAUUCUAAGAUAUUGUUACGAAAGGAUCAAAAUCCAUUAACUUGGUGGAAAAACAACUCGAAUAAAUACCCGUUAUUGUCUGUGCUGGCCGAAUCCGGUCUAACCGGUCCGAUUCGACUGGCUCGGUUUGAUAGGACCGAUUAA